AUGAUAUUGAAGCAGUCACUAAUGUUGUUCGUUUUUAUCCAUCUGAUUAUCGGUACAAUUUCGACAGAAAUAAAUUUGGACUUCCUGAAACAGAAGGGUACCCAGAAGAAACAGGAUGCAUUGUUUGAUGAAUUGUUAAAAGUUGCAAAUAUGAUCAAUGAAAAUAUGCCAAAAGGAGCAUCAAAAAGCCAAAAUGCCUUAUGGAAUUUUUUGGACGGUUAUCGAGCUAUAACUAAAGGACAAGUUUUUCCAAAAGAAAAACGACAAAUGAAGGAAAUUCUUGCACUUGGAAAACAGCUAUUGAACGAAUAA